AUUAUUUAUGCCAAUUUGUCAUGCCAUUGGAUUUUUUUUGGACUUUCGAUUAAGUGCUGCUUCGGUUCAAUUUUCGGUGUGAGGUGGCGAGCGGACCUCCUUCCUCCUCUCCCACCGCCUCACCUGUUCUCACCAAACAGACAUGGUCGUCCGAGGUGAGCAGGCGCUGGACUCGCCAGGCGGCAGCUGUUCGCGAUCGUCAAAUCAUGCAAGUCCAAUGCGGAAUCUAAGCAGUGCACAUGGUGGAUUAUAUGUCUCGGCUCCUGGCAAGAUCAUCCUUUUUGGUGAACAUGCAGUUGUUUAUGGCAGAACAGCAAUAGCUGGUUCCAUCGAUCUGCGAACUUACGUCAGUCUCUUUACAUCUGCUGAUGGCAGAAUCUAUUUGAGUCUACCAGAUUUGGGAGUGGAGAAGACAUGGCUACUUAAAGAUCUUAUAAAAGCAGCAGAUCGACUAGCUGCUGAAUAUCCUAUCGAAGAAGAUCAGCCUCCGUCAUUGGAAUUGUUGGUGCCCAUUGCUCGAAAGUUAUCGGGUUCGUGUGAGGAUCAGUGUGGGGUCCAACAUCUGGCUAUUCUUGCCUUUUGGUAUCUUCUACUAGGCGUUGCUCACCGGAAGAGGGAUCUUCUCGCUGUAAAAGCUACAGUUCGCUUCAAAUUACCUAGUUGUGUAGGACUGGGAUCUUCGGGUGCCUAUUGUGUUUGUAUUGCUACUGCUCUUCUACAAACAACUGGAUUGAUUCCUUCUCCAUCGAUUGUUACGGAUGAUGACGGAAGCUUAACAUGGGAAGAUCAGCACCUUGAUAUGAUCCGAAAAUGGGCUACCGCAGCCGAAUCUCUAAUACACGGGCGCGCAUCCGGUCUUGACGCUGCUGUCUGCACAUACGGACAUUUUCGCGAUUAUGGCUACCAGAGCUUUACGCACCUGGGAUAUGUGGGAUCCUACGGAGGCGUGGCCAGUUUCAAACCCGGUACAAGAAUUGAGCAUCUCAGGAAUCUCCCCGAUCUUCGUGUUAUUUUGGUAAAUUCGAAAGUUGAGCGAAAUACGUCUCGAAUGGUACAAACAGUGAAGGAACGUCUGAAAAAGUUUCCCGAUGUAGUAGAGGGAAUCUUCACAUCUAUCGAUGCAAUCUCACGAGAGGCAGCAAAAAUUUUACAUCGGCCGCCUGAAGAAAAUGGUGAAACGUUGGAUAAAUUGGAAAAUGGUGGUCAUGGCACAACCGUACCCGAUAACGAUCAUCACUCAUUGCAGCCGCAUCAUGGAGGAAGCGUGCGUUCGUCGACGUUCUCCUCGUACGUGGCCGGCGGCAAACGGGGCAGCUCGGCUUCGGCCGUCUCCGCAACAUCCGACAAAGGAGAACUCGUCGACACGUUCAGCAAGCUUAACGAUCUCUGCCGAAUAAAUAAUCAGCUGCUGAUUGGAUUGGGUGUAGGUCACCCUAAAGUGGAUCAGAUAUGUACGACACUUGCCAGAUACGGUAUACAUCCGAAAAUGACUGGUGCAGGAGGUGGCGGAUCUGUGUUCGCAUUUUUGAAGCCAGAUACUCCGCAAACGCUGUUGGAUAUGAUUACUGGAGAGUUGAUCAAGCUCGGAUACGAAGUAUGGCAACCUCCACUUGGUGGCCCUGGAGUCGUUGAACAUCAGCGAAGGCCAGAUCUGUUCUCAACGCCAACUCCGUCGACGACAUGUUCGACGCCGGCAUCCAAACACAAGUAG